CGAACCACCCGCGAUAUACACAAUCCACAGACGGCUCCCACAACGACAACAACAAACUCCUCGCCUCAUGCUCCAAUAACAUCCGCACAGCCCGAAUCCCUCUUGACCCUCCAUAUUCAGUCAGCCAUGGAGCAAGAGGCCCAGAAUCUGCUGGGGAUGCUAAAGCGCUCCUCAGUAGCCAUCGACGCCAAAGUUGCCGCCUUCAAUUCUGUUAAGUCCAAUAUCAAGCAUCUCCGCGUCCCGGAUGCUGCCCAGCCCAUCAUUUUCGAGUGUAUACGCAUCGCCAUAUCGAGCUCGCAGUCGCCGACGCUGUCUGCCACCGCCUUCUCCACGCUGGGCCACCUAAUCAAGCGCCUGAGCCUGCAGCAGCAGAACAACGUCAUUGCCUCCCAGGCCAAGAGGCUGCUCCCGAUCCUGCUGGAGAGGCUCGGCGACUCGAGAGAGAGCCACAGGAAUGCCGCGAGUGCCAACCUGGCCGAUUUCUACCCGUUUGUCAGCGAGCAGGUCGAAAAUGUAAUCAAGGAGGGUGCCUUAUCAGGGCACAGCCCGAGGGCGAAAGAGGCAGCUAUGAUGUGGGUGGUUAAGAUGCACAAGGCCGAGUCCCUACCUUUCAAGACAUACGUGCCCCAGCUAGUGAAUUGCCUGGAAGAUGCAGACGGUAUGGUGCGAGAGACUGCAAAGAGCUGCAUUGUCGAGCUCUUUAGGAGCGCGCCGGAACAUGCAAAGGCCGAUCUCAGGAAACGCAUGAAGAUGCAAGACGUACGCCACACAAUCGUCUCCCAAAUAGUAUCUCAGUUGGACAUGCGGCCUACAGCCGACCUUGACAUGGCUGCGUCAACGAUGUCCGUGCAGACCAUGCCAGAUCUCUCCCGCAACGAUACCACGUUUGCCGACAGCAUGAUGUCCGAGCACCCUCCCCCACAAGAGGUCGUGCCAAUGGACCCGCUCUACGUGACAACGAACCGUGAGCUGGAAGAGAUCUUCAGCGAAAUGAGAACUCUGUUCGAGGGCAAGGAGACAGAGCACAACUGGAUGGCCCGCGACAAGAGCAUCACGAAGUUGCGGAGAUUGCUCAAGGGCAACGCGCCAACCGAUUUCCACAACACAUUUGUGGCAGGCAUCCGUUCUGUUAUGGACGGUGUGACCCGAAUUUCCAACUCCCUACGCACGACCGUCUCCACAAACGCAUGCCAACUUGCGCAGGAGCUAGCGCGUGUCCUUGGUCCCGCUCUUGACCCGGUUGUAGAGAUGAUGAUCUCCAACUUCAUCAAGAUGAGUGCAAACACGAAGCAGAUUGCCGCUAACAACGGUAGCGCCACCGUCGAGACUCUGCUCUCGCAUGUGUCGUACCACAAGCGUCUCAUGGAGCACAUGUGGUUCUCGUAUCAGGAUAAGAAUGUGCAGACGCGCACCUUUGCGACUGUCUGGCUGCGAACCAUCUUCAAGAAGCAUGGCCCCUCACACAAGGCCCAGAUCGAGCACUCUGGCGGCCUAGAGCUGGCUGAGAAGUGCAUCAAGAAGGGCUUGGGCGAUGCAAAUCCCAAGGUCCGGGAAGGCACGAGAGCCGCAUACUGGGCCUUCUCACAGGUGUGGCGCGACCAUGCGGAGAGGAUUAUGGACAGCUUGGAUCCGAAGUCACGCCAGCAGCUGGAGAAAGAUCCACAUAACCCUAACGCUGCAUCUCUCGCAUCGUCAGCGUCCAGCUUAGGUGGCGCCCCCGCCGCGUCCAAGGCUAAACCUGCUGCUGCAGCUCGUCCGUCUGUCAGAGAUGCGAUCGCUGCUCAACGUAAAGCAGCUCUAGCGGCAAGAAAUAUGCCGGACCGACCAAGCUCAGCACAGUCUCACUUCUCGCCCGUAAAAACGCCGGCAGCGGGGCCCUCUGGGCUGAGUUCCAGAACCACAGCGAUGAGAGCAGCGACAGGGAGACCACCCUCGUCUUUGUCGAGAGAGGCAUCAGCAAGUACACAGGCAUCGCAGGCGUCGGCUGGCAGCUCGUUGAUGGCUGCUCCAGUACGACGACCUCGAAGACCGGAGAUUGCACGUCCUGCCACAGCGGAUCCGUACGCGGCUAGCAGACGUGCUGGUGUCCAUGGCAGCACGCCAAAUAUGAGCCCGCAAGCCAGCCCACAAAAAUCAGUCAAGUCUACCGCAAAGGCUCCCGCAAGAACCCCUGCCAGGGCAGCUGCGCCAGCGACGACGGCAACUUCAACUAUACGCACGAAGUCGAGGUCUGAAAUUAACGUAGUACCGAAAAAGACACCGAGACGAAGUACCACAGGCACGACGGACAGCCCCCUGUCAAGCCCGUCCAGAGGUGACGAUCUCACAUUGGUAGUUCCGUUUACGAAGCCACCCGACAGCGACGAUGCCUUCGGUGCGCCCAAUGCUAGAGCUCCUGCUACCACAGCGUCAGCUAGUCAUGAAAAUUCGAUGGUUGACGAUGCAGAAGGUUUCACGAUGGUUUUGCCGCGUAGCUUUGAGCGGCCUGGUUCAAGCAGCGGGAUUCCAAAACCUACAACGCCCAGCAAAUUUUCACCGGCGAAGACGCAGUCGCCGUCCUCACUUAGCAUUAACCGGCUCAGAAGCCCUGUUGGCAGAUCGCCUGAGCGACUGAGAAGUCCAUUGCCAAGCACAAUGCAGACGGAAGCGGAACCAGUCCAAGUGUACGAAGAUCCGUUGACGUCGCAUGACGCAAUGGAUCAUACUGACGCGAAUGACGAGAAACCCGUUCUUGAAGAGUUACCGAUCGAACGGGCGAAUGAACGUCAGCCUACCGAGGAGAGCACGCUGGCUCACAGCACGAGGAGCAAUGAGCAGAACAUCGAUAUGCAGCGUACACCGAGGCAUCAUAAGACCACUAGUACAGGCAGCGUUGUUGCGGCGAAUCUCAACGACAAUAGCGCCGAGACCCUAAGGUCGAGGCGCUUGCUUAUGAGUGGCAUCGAGCGCAUCAAGGCCAAGAGCCUGGAUGCUCAUGGAUUCAGGCGUGUGCAGGAUAUUGUAAAGAGUGGUCUGGAUGUUUGGGGAGACGAGGGCCAGAAAUUUGGCGAGCUCCUACUCGUUCUGUUAGAAUAUUUGGAGACGCCUAACGAGAGCCUGAAAGCUGCUACUGGUACAGAAUCUGCGGCGACCAAGGCGCAGAGUCUCAAGGGACAGGCUUUAGCUACUAUACGUGCAAUGCUCACGCUGCACCGCAGAGAGGCAGCGCCGUAUUACGCGAAGGCUCUACGUUCAGUGCUCAUCUCGAGACGCCAGUGGGACGACACUAUGCAUAUCACGGCGGACUUUGAGAAGGCUGCAGACGAGAUUGUCAAGAACUGCAACCCUCUUGACGGGCUCUCCGCGGUUCUCGAUCUUCUGGAGGGCUUGACCAAUCAACCCAUAUCUCCUGCGAGCUCUUCGCCAUCAUCAACCUCAAGCGCCCUGUCCCCAACCCUUCCAUCGUCACAAUAUCUUCACCGCACCUCCUGCUUUGCUUUGCAGACGCUCUCCUCCCUUCUCACCCAAGCUCGCUCCCGCUCUGUCCCUCUCUCCUCGCAGCUCGUCCAACGGCUCGGUGCAUGUGCCGUGAAGUACCUCCAGGACCCGGACUCGGACGUUCGCAAAGCGGAUCUGGAUUUCUGUCUGGUCAUGCAUGCGGGCGGAGAAGACGAAUUCUGGAAGGUUCUGAGAAGCACGGGCGUCAAGGAAGGGAGCGUGAACCUGAUCACAUACUACAUCGCAAAGAGCCGACGGGGAAAGCCAGCCGCUUGAGCCUAAGACGAGCUUGUAGGCUGCGAAAUCAGAGAUGGAAUCCGCAAACUUGGUCAAGGCGGUAUCGGCCGAGUUGAUGUCACUGUUGUCAAUGACUGCUCUGGAGGUUGCACUUUGAACGAUUUUCUGCCCUCCUAUUGUCUUUUUCUUCCCCUUUUGACCGCUUCUUCAAUGGGCAAAUAUCCUGGCGUUAUUCUUUAAUUUUAGUUUACCCAUCAUUUUCCGCAAGGCGUUUUGGGUCGAAAGGGUUGCUGCUGGGCGUGCUUGGGCAAAAAGCUGGUCGGUUAAAGGUCUUUUGACGCUGUUAACGAGGGUGAGCAUCACCCUCUGUUUUUGUCCACUGUAGUAACCUUUGUAAUCUACGGAAUCAUCCGGUGACUUGCUAAGAUUUUGCUCGCGACGACGGAUCCUCACCACGUGUGUAUGUGAACGUUCGAAGCUCUGUGCUUACCGUGGCAUCGUCCAAUCUCACGAUUCAAAGCUUCACGCCGCUGGUCGGGCUUUGUGUGAUCACCAUCUUGCCAAAUAACCCCUUUCUUCUUCCCCCCCCCUCCAGGGCGCAAAGGAACAGACGUUCGUGACUUGAGGCGCGGAAGGCAAAGCCAAAGGAGGUUCAAAACGAGCACGAGUGGGAGAACACAUUCGAUCAAUAAGGC